CUUUUGCUUUUUUUGGUAAAAAGAUUAUAUUUUUUUCUCUGAGGGGUAAGGGGGGGGGAGGGAGGUUGGGAACGACCUCCAUUUCCAUUACAAACAUGGCGGCCUGCAGCAGCGGCCGGCUCGGCUUCUUCACCCCGUCCGCCUUCAGCAUUCGCUGCUGCUGCCUCGUCCUCCUGCUCCUGGCGAGCCUGAGCGGGCGGGCGGCCGCCUCCGACGAGGGCGACACGGUCAUCAUCGGCCUGAGGCUGGAGGACACGGACGAGGUGACGGGCAUGGGGGGCGGCGUGCUGCGGGUCAGCGAGCGGACGCGGGUCCGGCUGCGGCUGUACGGCCAGCGCAUCGACAACAGCACCUGGAGCCGCAUCGGCUUCACGGAGCACCGGCGGACGGGCGACGACGCGGCGGGCUUCGACCCGUGCGGGGUGCGCACCUCGGACAUCGUGGUGCUGCCGGGCGUCGCGGUGAGCCGCCGGAGCACCGGUGUCAUCGAGAUGGAGGUGAAGCCGCUCCGCAAGACGGAGAAGAGUAAAGCCUACUACCUGUGCACGGCGGCCCGGGCUCCGGAGCCGGGCUCGGGGCAAGCCGACUGGCUGUACCACGACACCGAGGACACCAUGGUGGUGGUGGUGGAGGAGAGGAAGUUCCUGCUGCCCUUCUGGCUGCAGGUCAUCUUUAUCUCGGUGCUGCUCUGCCUGUCGGGCAUGUUCAGCGGCUUGAACCUGGGGCUGAUGGCGCUGGACCCCAUGGAGCUGCGGAUCGUGCAGAACUGCGGCACCGAGAAGGAGAAGAACUACGCCAAGCGCAUCGAGCCGGUCCGCCGCCAGGGCAACUACCUGCUCUGCUCGCUGCUGCUUGGCAACGUGCUGGUCAACACCACGCUGACCAUCCUGCUGGACGACAUCGCCGGCUCCGGGGUGGUGGCCGUGGCCGUCUCCACCAUCGGCAUCGUCAUCUUCGGCGAGAUCGUCCCGCAGGCCAUCUGCUCCCGCCACGGCCUGGCGGUCGGCGCCAACACCAUCGUGCUGACCAAGUUCUUCAUGCUGCUCACCUUCCCGGCCUCCUACCCGGUCAGCCGCCUGCUGGAUGUCAUCCUGGGCCAGGAGAUCGGCACCGUCUACAACCGCGAGAAGCUGCUGGAGAUGCUGCGGGUCACCGACCCUUACAACGACCUGGUCAAGGAGGAGCUCAACAUCAUCCAGGGCGCCCUGGAGCUCAGGACUAAAACGGUGGAGGACGUGAUGACCCCGCUGCGAGACUGCUUCAUGAUCACCGGCGACGCGAUCCUGGAUUUCAACACCAUGUCCGAGAUCAUGGAGAGCGGAUACACCAGGAUCCCCGUCUACGAAGGCGAGCGGUCAAACAUCGUUGACCUACUUUUCGUGAAGGACUUGGCGUUCGUGGACCCCGACGACUGCACCCCUCUGAAAACCAUCACCAAAUUUUACAACCACCCUUUGCAUUUUGUUUUCAACGAUACGAAGCUGGAUGCAAUGUUGGAAGAGUUUAAAAAAGGUAAAUCCCACCUGGCAAUAGUACAGAGAGUGAACAAUGAAGGUGAGGGGGAUCCAUUUUACGAGGUGCUAGGUGUCGUCACUCUAGAGGAUGUAAUUGAAGAAAUUAUCAAAUCAGAAAUCUUGGAUGAAACCGAUUUAUAUACUGAUAACCGAACCAAAAAGAAAAUUACACACCGGGAAAGGAAACAGGAUUUUUCAGCCUUCAAACCGACAGAUAAUGAAAUGAAGGUGAAGAUUUCGCCACAGCUACUACUCGCAACACAUCGUUUCCUAGCAACAGAAGUGGAGCCAUUCAGCCCUACACAGAUGUCAGAGAAGAUCUUACUGAGGCUGCUCAAGCAUCCUAAUGUUAUUCAGGAAAUGAAGUUUGAUGAAAGAAAUAAAAAAGCCCCAGAACAUUACCUCUUCUAUCGGAACAAACCUGUAGACUAUUUUAUCCUUGUUUUACAGGGUAAAGUGGAGGUGGAAGCUGGAAAGGAAGUAAUGAAGUUUGAAGCUGGUGCUUUCUCUUAUUAUGGCAUGAUGGCUCUUACAUCUUCUCCAGUUCCUUUGUCUCUGUCUCGUACCUUUGCUGUCAGCAGAACUGAAUCACUGGCUGGUUCACCAGAUAACCGAUCUCCACCUCGAACAUGUGGCUUAAAUCAUUCAGAUUCUUUGAAUCGAGGUGAUCGUAUUGAUUCAAUAACAUCGCAGAUGGGGAGCAACAACAGUCAGCUAAAUUCUUUGCUCCAGAUGUAUGUUCCAGACUAUUCAGUGCGGGCUCUGACUGACUUACAAUUUGUAAAGAUUACAAGACAACAUUAUCAGAAUGCCCUGAUGGCAUCCAUAAUGGACAAAACACCACAGUCAUCAGACAGUGAAAAUACUAAGAUUGAAUUGACUUUAAAUGAGCUGCAUGAUCAUUUACCUGAUGAAACGGCAAACCUCCUAAAUGAACAGAACUGUGUGUCUCAUAAAUCAAUUCACAGCAUGCACAAUGAAGGCACGAUAUAGAAUACCUGCAGGAUUUUGUCCUCACUAAUGUUUCAGAGAGCUAAUCCUGUAUUCUGUAUGCAUGCACACAUGCAAGCACAUAUGUCCACUGUCAUGAGACCAAAGAGAUGUGCCUCGGCACAAGAAGGUGAAGGAAGACAAUCAGAGGUGGGUGAACUGAACAUUAAACAACUGCCAAGAUUCAGACACAUCCUCUGAGCACAGGUGUCUUGUUAUCCUUUAUAAUUGUGGGAUUUUUUUUUGUUUUCCUUACACAAAAGGAGAAUGGUAAAAUAUUGGAAAAAAGUGCAAGUAUAAAGCUACUUUGUGGCUGAGAAAAGAAAUGUGUAUUUUUUUAAUGAAGACUUACUGAGAUUAACUGUGAGACUGUAAAACAUUUUUAAAAAAAUUAUGGUAUGUGAUUUAAGAUGGUCAUUGAAGGUGAAUUUUCUAAAUUUUGAAGAUGCUUCCAUUACUCCAGCUUAAUUUAGUACAUGUUUGAUAUUUUAACUUCCUAUUGCAUUAUAUGGGACAUAGCUGCAUAUUUUAAUCCCAAAAGAGUUGGGGUUGCUGGGCAUUUAAAUUGUAACUUGAAUAUGGAAACUCAGUUCAACAUUUGCACAACACAUCAUUGACGUAAUUGAUUUCAACACUUGUAUGCAAACUGUGAAUAAUAGUCCUAUAUAGGGACUAGAGAACUUCUUUGGAAGGAAUAGCUACACUUACAUAGCAAUUAAAUAUGCCAAAUCCAUAAAUGGUAGAAUGUUUAAAGAAAAAAGGGUUUUUCACAUGUGAGAAACACAGCUAUAAUUGUACAAGUGUUCUUACAGCAGAACUGACUAUCACUACGUAUUGUUUAAUCAACCAAGUUUGCAAGUAAAUUGCAAUUUGUAUUAUAUUGUACAAAACUGACUCUGAGGUGAAGUAUUCUGACUACAGUAUUCAUAACUGUAUAUAUUAAGCACAAAAAAAAUCUAUGGAUGAAGUGUAAGUUUCAUAAGAUUGUCAGUUAAAUGACAUUUAUA